GGUUUUAAUUUCGUUUGCCCAGAGAGAAAAGUGAAAGGUGUGGUCUCUGCGGCGAACAAGAGAAAAGAGAGCGACGAAGCUUGAAACCUCCUCCGAUUAAGCCAUGAAUGCUCCUGACCGAUACGAGAGAUUCGUCGUUCCUGAAGGAACCAGGAAGGUUGCGUAUGAUAGGGACACGAAGAUCAUCAAUGCUGCUUCCUUCACGAUUGAGAGAGAAGACCAUACCAUUGGUAACAUUGUCCGCAUGCAACUUCACCGUGACGAGAAUGUCUUGUUCGCUGGAUACCAGCUUCCCCAUCCCCUUAAGUACAAGAUUAUAGUGAGGAUUCAUACAACAAGCCAGUCUUCCCCGAUGCAAGCGUACAACCAGGCCAUCAAUGAUCUUGACAAGGAGCUCGACUAUUUGAAGAACCAGUUUGAGGCAGAGGUAGCCAAGUUUUCAAAUCAGUACUAAGGAUCUCAGAGGUUUCCAUCAGAACAUUAGGAAGAAGCGUUUUACAUUGUCCUUUGCUAAGCACCAACCACAAGACUUAUAAUGAGCUUGUGAAAUUUUCCCCAGUUAUGCUUUUGUGUAAAUCAGAAACAAAUCGCCCUGUAACUUGUUUUAACUCUAUGUUUUAAACACCGCUUCAGGCUGCUAAGAAGUAAUGCUUAGAUUACCUCUUCUUUUUACCAUUCUAUCUACAUAAAUAACUUAAUGUUU